AUGAUUCUCCGCAAACUGGAGGGACUAAUUACUUCAAGACUGUCAACUAGUGUAUAUCUUGUUUUCGAGUACACGGAACAUGAUAUUGCUGGUUUAUCAUCUUUUCCUGACAUCAAGUUCAGUCAAUCACAGGUUAAAUGCUAUAUGCAGCAACUAAUAUCUGGCCUUGAACACUGUCAUUCAAGAGGUAUAAUGCACAGAGAUAUCAAGGGAUCCAACCUUCUUGUUAGUGAUGAUGGAGCUCUGAAGAUAGCUGAUUUCGGCCUAGAAAAUUUUGUUAGUGUCGGGAACAUUCAACCAUUAACUAGUCGAGUUGUUACUUUAUGGGUUCAGGUUGCUGAUGUGGUUGAUUGGGUCUGUGGUGUUGAAUACCAACUCGCAGAUGGAAGGAAAUGGAGUAUGAUAGGAGCAGUUUUUGUUGCUUAA